CAUCCUCCUCUCAUGGCUGCUCUCAUCUUCUUGUUCUUCUUAACCUUUAUUACCCCAUUUUCCUUUUCAUUACCUGAACACCAUUCCCACUUCACCAAACACACUCUUCACCACAACAACACUUCUUCACAGCCACAACAAUACUUUGAAAUAACUCAUCCAUUACCAUUCCCAAAACUCCCUCCUUCAUGCACUUAUCAUAUCCUCAAGCACAACUUCAGCAAUACAAUUGGUCUUCCACCUGUUUCCACCACUUACUCACCUCCAACCAACUGUUCUUGGACACACGUGGCACUUCAGUUCAACGCUUCUUCCAAAGGUUUACAAUAUGAACGUAUCGUGCCGUUCUGGCUUGGCGGUGCUGAGCUCCUACGUACCAGCACCGCCCAGCCUAAUGACGGCGGCGUUUACUGGACUGUAACAAAGGAUGUUACAAAGUACUCAUCUAUUCUGGUCAAACAGAAUAUAUCUCUUUCUGUCAUGCUGGAAAAUAUGGUCAACGACAUUUAUACAGGUGCUUAUAAUGUCAACAUUAGUUUCCUGUACUAUGAUGUUAAGAAAAUGGAUCCUAAUGAUAUGGUUGUGGAUAGUCCGAUAAAAAUGGGAGUGAAUGAUUUGAGAAGUAUUGAGUAUGAAAAACCAGCAGAUUUGAUAAUACCAAUAUCAAGAAAUGGGAGCGAAGGAUUUUGGUUCCGAGUUCUAAACGAAUCGGAGUUGCAUGGGAAGAGAGUUACUAUUCCUAAGAAUACAUACAAAGCUGUGAUUGAGAUUUACGUAUCAUCACACGGGUAUGAUGAGUUUUGGUACUCGAAUCCUCCUGAUUCGUACAUACAAAUGAAUAAUUUGACUACCAAGAGAGGUCAUGGAGCGUACAGGGAAGUUUUGGUGAAUAUAGAUAAGAAUUUGGUAGGAUCUGUGGUUCCAUUUCCUGUUGUUUUUACAGGUGGAAUUAAUCCUCUGUACUGGGAACCACUGGUUUCAAUUGGGGCAUUUGAUCUUCCUUCUUACGACAUUGACCUAACGCCAUAUUUGGGGCUUCUACUCGACGGUCAAGCCCAUUUUCUUGGGCUUGGGGUGAAUGACAGUAUCCCAUUCUGGCUUGUAGAUGCCAAUUUGCACCUUUGGGUGGAUAACAAUUGCACAUUGCUCUGUCAAGUGCAGGCUAACGCUCUUGAUUUGGGUACCCCUAAGUUCAAGAUUGAGCGGAAAUCGAGUUUUCUAGCCCUGGAUGGGUCAUUUGAGGUUGAGUUGAAGAGAAAGAGCGAGAUUUCUUCUUGGGUGAACUCAACAGCAGGGAAUUUGACUACCAUAACUAAGCGAGAAUUGAAGUUCAAGAACAAAAUAUACUUUUAUCUAAACGGAACUGAGAAACAUAUUAAGCAAAAAGUGAAAGAAGAGAUGGAAGUUGAAGUGCUGUCUGAUAGUGGUAGCACAAUCUCUAAGACCAAAGUGAAGAGGAAAUUUCCGCUUACUAUAACCACUAAGACUUUUCCAGCGAAGGAGAAUGGUACAAGCUUGAUACAAUCUUAUUUAGACCAUGAAUGGAAGGAGAAGAAGAAGUCGGACGGAGGUUCUUCAAGUACUUUGACAAACAGGCAGCAAUGCAAUGGGUGGAUGGUUGUUCAAGAUCGCAAUGUUUUGUACGGUGGAGCAACCACUCAACAAACUUAUUCUUACUCUGGUGAAGCUGAUUGCUACUCUCGUGUCGUUUCAGCUGUCAAUGGCAAGCUUAUGAAUGACACUGCAAACAGUCUUUGUGCAGCAGCUCCUUUGAAGUAUGGUUCAUUUUCUGCUUUGUGACACCCUGUUUGAAGAAUCCCUUUUUUGUCCUACAAGCAUCCCGUGUGAAACACUGUAGGAAAUUUUGAUUCCAAAUUUCUUGCCAAAUUUAGUUUGCCUGUACAAUUUAUGUUUUUGUGUCAAAGGUGCAGGCUUCAAUAAGGAUGUGAAGUGUUAGGAAAUUCACUUUUUUUUAAUGAUUUGCUGGAUGUAAUGCUGUUUCUUGUCUUUGUGUUUGAUAUGAACCGGAGUAUUGAACC